CGUCGCCUUUAAAUCGGUCCUCCGGCUCAUUCGCCGCAGUUUGAAGCUGCACCGCGCGGAAGGAGGCUGAUCAUGAAUGUAAAACACAUCAGGUCCGUCGUAUAAUGGGCAUCGAGGACGCGAGCAUGAGGAACGGACGGGCUCUGUCCGAUCAGUGGGCCGACAGCGUGGUGGUCCGGCCCCGGACGACCGAGCAGCACAUCACGGUGAACAAGAGGCUCGUGCUGGGCUUCGCCAUCUCCAUCCUCACCCUCAUCGUCGUCACGGCCAUCGCCAUAACGCUGAGCGUCAGCUUCGAGAGAUGCGCCGCGGAGAGCAGCGGGGCUCUGGCCGCGAACGGCUCCAGCAACAGCAAGUGGAAACAGUCCCGGGACGCUAACAUCAGUCACAGAGACUCGGAGGACGGCCAGCAGCCCUGGAGACACCUGCGCUUACCGGCCACCCUGCGCCCGCGCCACUACGACCUCCGCCUGACCGCGUCCAUGGAGAACUUCACCUUCUCCGGGGAGGUGCGCGUCGAGUUUGAGUGCGUUCAGUCCACGAAGCUGAUCGUGCUGCACGCGGACCGGCUGGAGGUGGACAAGGUGCUGGUGUACUCGGACAGCAAGAAAGCGGGCGCCAUGAGGAUCCAGCGCCGCUUCCACUACCAGCCCAAGCAGGUGUAUGUGAUCGCGCUGCACAGAGAGAUGAAGCCCCUCAGAACAUACAAGAUCAACAUCACUUUCCACGCGCACAUCGAGCACGAGCUCCUGGGCUUCUUCCGCAGCUCCUAUGUGCUGAACGGAGAAAGAAGGUUUCUGGCGGUGACGCAGUUCUCCCCGACUCACGCUAGAAAGGCUUUCCCGUGUUUCGACGAGCCCAUCUACAAAGCCACGUUCAGAGUGAGUCUGAAACACGAGAGCUCGUAUCAGUCGCUCUCUAACAUGCCGGUGGAGGCCUCGACGUCUGACGAGGACGGAUGGGUGACCAGCCACUUCUCCAGGACGCCCCGCAUGUCCACGUACUACCUGGCCUGGGCCGUGUGCAACUUCACCUACAGAGAAGCAGUUACAGACAGUGGAGUUGUGAUUCGGCUGUGCGCCAGGCCUGACGCCAUCCAGAGCGGAUCGGGGGACUACGCUCUGCACAUCACCAAGAGACUCCUUCAGUUUUACCAGGAUUACUUCAAAGUCAAAUAUUCCCUCCCUAAAUUAGAUCUGCUGGCGGUGCCGAAGCAUCCGUACGCAGCCAUGGAGAACUGGGGCCUGAGUGUGUUUGUGGAGCAGAAGAUCUUGUUGGAUCGUGACGUCUCCUCCUUCUCCUAUCAGAUGGAGCUCACCAUGGUGGUGGUGCACGAGAUCUGUCAUCAGUGGUUUGGGGAUCUGGUCACACCGGUUUGGUGGGAAGACGUUUGGCUGAAGGAGGGAUUCGCUCAUUACUUUGAGUACAUCGGGGCCGAUUUCCUCUUUCCAAAGUGGAACAUGGAGAAGCAGAGGUUCCUGACUGACGUUCUUCAUGAAGUCAUGUUACUGGACGGUUUGGCCAGUUCUCAUCCCAUCUCUCAGGAAGUGUUUGAAGCCACAGACAUCGACAGAGUGUUUGACUGGAUCGCGUAUAAAAAGGGAGCCGCUCUGAUCCGAAUGCUGGCUAACGUCAUGGGACAGCCGCUAUUCCAGAGAGGCCUCAAUGAUUACUUGAUGACGCACAUGUACGGAAACGCGGCGAGAGAUGACUUGUGGAACAAAUUCUCCGAGGCCAUGCAGCGGGAGGGAAAGGACAUCAACAUCACGCAGGUCAUGGACCGCUGGACGCUCCAGAUGGGUUACCCCGUCGUCACCAUCAGCAAGAACGACAGUCUUGACAACAGUGUCACCAUCUCACAGGAGCACUUCGUCUAUGACACCGACGCCAAGAUCCAGAAUCCUGAGCUGUUCAACAAAAGCUUCCAGUGGCAAAUACCGCUGACGCUCGAGGUGGGAAACUCCAGUCACAUAUCAACAGAGACCAUCAUCUGGGUCUCCAAUAAAACAGAGAGGCACAGAGUGGGUCACGUGGACGGCGAGACGUGGUUGCUGGGCAACAUCAAUCAAACGGGCUACUUCAGAGUGAACUAUGACCUUCACAACUGGAGACUUCUCAUUCAACAGCUGAUGACCAACCCAACGAUCAUCUCUGUGGGCAACAGGGCCGGUCUGAUUGAUGACGUCUUUAACCUAGCGAGAGCGGGGUAUUUGCCCCAAAACGUCCCCCUGCAGAUGAUCUCAUAUUUAUCUCAGGAGACUGAGUUUCUGCCGUGGCACGCUGCUAGUCGAGCUCUUUACCAGCUGGAUAAACUCCUGGACCGCACAGAAGACCACAGCCUGUUUAGCGACUAUGUUCUAAGACAGGUGGAACCGAAGUAUCACAAGCUGGGCUGGCCUGCCUCUUCCCCUGACGGCUCCUUCAUGCAGGCGGCUUAUCAGGCCGAAGAGCUACAGAGAGAGGUGAUGAUGCUGGCCUGCAGUUUUGGAAACAAACACUGUCACCGACAGGCUGUUUCUCUCAUUUCAGACUGGAUUUCCAGCAACAAGAACAGGAUUCCACCCAACGUGAGGGACAUUGUGUACUGCACGGGUGUUUCUCUGAUGGAUGAGGACGUGUGGGAGUUCAUCUGGAUGAAGUUUCACUCAUCGACAGCCAUCUCUGAGAAGAAGGUUCUUUUGGAGGCCUUGACCUGCAGUGACAACAUCUUCCUGCUCAACAGGCUCCUGAACCUGUCCCUCACCUCUGACCUGGUGCCCGAUCAGGACGUGAUCGAUGUCAUCAUUCACGUGGGCCGCAAUCCGCUCGGAAGACAUUUAGCGUGGAGAUAUUUCCGCGAGAAGUGGGACAUAUUGAAUUCCAGGUACGGAGAGGCCUUAUUUAUGAACUCAAAAUUAAUCAGCGGCGUGACGGAGUUUCUCAACACCGAGGCCGAGUUGAAUGAGCUGAAAGAGUUCAUCCUGACCAGCGGGGGAGAGUCGGCGCCCGCGUUCGCCCGAGCCGUCGAGAUCGUUCAAGCUAAUGUAAAAUGGCACGUCCUGUUCCAGCAACAGUUUUACCGAUGGCUGCGGAAAGCUCCUGACGGUUAACGCAACAUCAAGCAUGGAGCGUUCUAUUAGCAUGGAAACUCAUGGCCAGUGGCGUGGGGAGAUACGAGUGAAAUAAAAAAAAAAAAAGUGUAAAAAACUAUUCUUGACUACGAGAAUCAGCAAAAUUGAGCUUUUAUUUCCCUGCUGUUUUCGAAACGACCGGGCCCUCGCAGACCAGGACGAAACGAACGGUUGGAAACACCGAAGGAAUCAACGUCGGAAAUUGCAUGAUGGCAGUAGAGACAGACGAUUUACAUUCCAUUUCCCCUCGUAUUUUGCAUGAAAGUCAUUUCCUUCUUGCCAUCAUUCUGUUUGCUGGAGUUUGACCUUUUCUGAGCCCUGAGAAGAAGACCGGGUGACGGUACAAAGAGAUCGCUUCUUGGGUAUAUAUAUAUAUAUAUAUAUAUACACACAAACACAAUUUAGAUUAAGCACAAAGAUGUGACAAUCAGUGUUUUGAUCGGAACGGUACGAGGACGACAAAGAGGAGGAGCAUUCAUGUAGCCUUUUCUCUCUCCAAAGCCAUAAAGAAGAGCAGACUGAAUUUCAUCUCUCGUACGGAUGACGUUUAUUGUUUGACGGUCAACCGAAGAAGGCAUCUUUUGGAGGUUUUUCUGCUGGCGAUGGUUGAACCCGCAGGUGUCUUGGAUCAUUUGCAUUCUCAUAGUGUUACUCUUCGCUCUCCAGUUUUGGAGGGUUCGUCCUUGAAUAUGUUUGUUUGAGUGGAAAAAUAAUCAGUGUGUCGAUAUUUUCAUGGAUGAUUUAUUGAUAAGCUGGAAGGAGGUCAAUGCAGCGCUGAGAUGUUAUCUUGUUGUGGAUAAUGUGAGCUUUUGAAACGGAUGGUUGUCAUGGAGACCAAUUAUAAAGGUUUUCAUAGUUUUAUCGUUCUUCUUUUUUUUCCAUUAUUAUUAUUAUUAUUAUUAUUAUUAUUAUUACUAUAUUUUUUUUUUUACAUGGACAUGAAUGGUUAAAAUGUGCAGUGUUGAAAGUGAUGUAGUGGUUGACCAAUAUGCAGGUUUCUGUACGUCUGACUUGUUUUAAAGAAUGUUAAAAAAUAUCAGUUAAGCAAGACAACUUUACGUUUGAAGCAAAAUUGUGUAAUAUAGCGCUUUUCAGAGGAUAUAUCUUGAAUUGUAUUUAUUUUUCUUACUCAGAUGGUUUCCUUAGUUUUUUAAGCAUUUGUCUGUGCAGUUUUGCUUCUGAGGUAAACCGAUCUUGAUUUAAUGACGCCUGAUAAACAUCAACGUAAUGACGGCAAAAACAGAUCGAAAUUUGCUCAAAUGUGACACAAUAUAUACACAAGAUAUCUAUCGGCAACCGUAAUUUAAUUGGCCGAUCAAAUCAGCGAAUCUAAUAAUGAUCAUGAUCAGCCGGUUGGUCAUCCUGGUCCAUAUAUUGGUCCAUCACUACUAUAUAUGACUCUCAGGCUUGGGCAAAAUUCAGAAUUGAAGCACUUGUAGAAUUUCAAGACAUUAGAGAAGUUUUAUUAGUCCGACAACAGGUUAGCGACAAAAUAUGAAUCAUAACACAAUCCAUUUGAACUACUCAUCCCUGCGCAUUCCCUCAUUUACUCAAUUGAUUAGCAUGACUUAUUUUUCUAAAUUAAGCUCAGUGCUUUCGUAACAAUUAGCACGGCUAACAUCCAAACGUUAGCGUGUUCUUUUAUUGUAUAUUAAUCUAAUUUCAAAAAACCUCCGGUUUGAAUUGCGUUAAAUCUGUGAAUAUUUUUUUUUUUCUGCACCGGAAUAUGCGAAAUAUAUCAUUAGCUACAGAAUUUUAAUAUAGUAUAAUAUAAUUAGAGCUGUCGAUCAAUUAACCGCAUCCAAGAUUAAAGCUUUUGUUUGCAUAAUACAUGUGUAUGUAUUGUAUAUAUUUAUUUUGUAGAUAGAGAUAUACACACAUAGACAUAUAUUUAGAAAUGAAAAAAGUUGAAUUUAUUACAUGUAUAUAUUU